GCUUUUUGUCUCCAUUUUAUCCAUGAAUCUCUGAUCUGAUUAUCUUGGUCUCAAUGCCUCCAGACUGGUUGUUGACAGAUUGUAAGAUUGAUUUUGCUGACUACGAAUCUCAUUAUUUUAUGCGUUUGAGUAUCCAAUCAGAGACUGGUAAGGGAGGAACAUGUAACAGGGGGCAGGAACGCUGAUCGUCAGACAGUGGUUGCGGUGCUUAUCUAGCGUGCAUUAUCGCGAAUAUGAUUGAGCUCGGAAAAAAUGUAUGAUUACGUUACCUGAGAUAAUGAAAUGUUUUACCGAGGACUUGGAUUAAGAUUUGCUAGCUGAAAUUGUCUUUUGAUCCUAGGAGUGAAUACGGCAAGCUAAGAGUUCUGGAAACAACCAAGAAGAAGUUACGGAUAUUUGUUGUCCGGGCAAGAGAAAGAGGGGCCGGGAUUCAGAGCAGCCAGUCUCGGCGAAGUUAGCCAGCAGUGGUCGCUACCAAGCUAACCAUCCAGCCACAGCAUAAUAUCUAGUUACCUGCGAAGAAUAUAUCGUAGUAUAGGGUUUGGGAUGACUCGUACUCUUAUUCUUAUCUUUUGAGAAUGAGAACUAUGGGCAGCUGACAACCACAUAACGUAUAUUGAAUUCGGAAGUUGCCCUCUUUGUCGUUGGUUUGACAAUUGCCAGCUAGCUACGAACAGCUGAAGUAGCUCAUUGCCAGCUACGCUAAGCUGUUUUUCGCUAGCUAUCUACUGAACCCAUUUGCCAGUUCAUUACGUUACUUCGACUGGGCUGCCGACUCAUUUGCGUCCAAAAUCUUAAUAUAUACAUUUUUGUAACCUUGUAGAUGUUCUUCACAACAACCACUCUGUGAUAGCUAGCCAUUACAGGCAUAUGUAGCUAGCUAGCUAACGUCAAGCGAACAAUAAGGACUUGGACACAGCUAGCUAGCCUGUUAGCUAGCUAGGAAGCUAGCUAAUAAAAAGAAAAAAUCCAGUCAAGUUCACAAAACAAAAAUGUUGUUUACCUCUAAGGAGAGGUUACUCUCAGAUAGUUCGCAAAUUUCGCCUAACUGUCUGACGAAUCAACAACUAUGUAUUUUAAAUGUGACGAAUUGUCUAACCUGUGACCGGUGUUCUCAAUGAACAACCGGCGUUAACGCUACCUAAAACAACGUGAAAUACUACAGUAUCUCCCUAAACAGUAUUGGACUUGGCCGUCGAAGGAUCAUUUGGAAACCUCUCGCUUCAAGCAGGGAUAUUUUUUGGCUAUUCACCUGUAACCUGGCUAAUUCCUAUCCAAGGGAGAUUUUGUUUCCACCUGCUGCAACUCCUGACUCAUUGGCCUUUCACAUUUUAUGACUCAACAUAAUUAUUGCUACAUCAUUGACACCUGCGAACCUACGACGGUAGUCAGGUGUUCAACCUGUACCUUACACAGGGAGCACAACAUUCACCUCCGCCCACUCCGGUGUCCUGUCCCAGGGUCUAACCAGCGAGCCUAAAUAGGAGGACUACAAACUCUUCUAUACUCUAACUACUCCGCUGGAAUAGACUCUACUCGCUUUCCUAUUUCUCAGUCAUUUUACCCGGCCUUUCCCAGCGUGUCUGGUUCAGAUGCCUGGAAGGCAUGAUGGGUACUCAGGGCAGCCCGCUGAAGAGUUACGACUACCUGUUGAAGUUCCUGUUGGUUGGAGACAGUGACGUUGGGAAAGGAGAAAUACUGGACAGCCUGCAGGACGGAUCUGCCGAGUCCCCAUACGCUUACAGCAGUGGUAUUGACUAUAAAACUACCACUAUUCUGUUGGAUGGGAGGAGAGUGAAGCUAGAGUUGUGGGACACUUCAGGUCAGGGGAGGUUUUGCACCAUCUUCAGAUCGUACUCCAGAGGAGCUCAGGGAAUCCUGCUUGUGUAUGACAUCGCAAACCGCUGGUCGUUUGAAGGUAUCGACCGCUGGAUACGAGAGAUUGAUGAGCACGCUCCUGGUGUCCCUCGUAUCCUGGUGGGAAACCGACUCCACCUUGCGUUCAAGCGGCAGGUUCCUACAGAGCAGGCUCGGGCGUAUGCCGAGAAGAACUGCAUGACGUUCUUCGAGGUCAGCCCACUGUGCAACUUCAACGUCAUCGAGUCCUUCACGGAGCUGUCCCGCAUCGUCCUGAUGAGGCACGGAAUGGAGAAGUUCUGGAGGCCCAACAGAGUCUUCAGUCUACAGGAUCUGUGCUGCAGAGCCAUUGUCUCCUGCACGCCCGUCCACCUGAUUGACAAGCUGCCGUUGCCCGUGGCGAUCAAGUCCCAUCUGAAGUCUUUCUCCAUGGCCAAUGGGAUGAACGCAGUGAUGAUGCACGGACGCUCCUAUUCGCUGGCCAACGCGGCGGGCGGGUCUAAAGGGAACAGCCUGAAGCGCUCCAAGUCCAUCAGGCCCCCCCAGAGUCCCCCGCAGAACUGCACACGCAACAACUGUAAAAUCUCCUGAACCCUGAACCUGACCAGAGGGGAGACCCUGAACCCUGAACCUGACCAGAGGGGAGACCCUGAACCCUGAACCUGACCAGAGGGGAGACCCUGAACACUGAACCUGACCAGAGGGGAGACCCUGAACACUGAACCUGACCAGAGGGGAGACACUGAACCUGACCUGAGGGGAGAGGCCUGUGGGUAGAACCCCCCCCCCCCCAGCCUGACCCACUGGUCCUACCUGGGGACAUGAGAGGACUGGGGAGGGAGGGGUUUAAAGCUGGUCUCUGUAAACAGUCCUGAGCCAACCCAGCUGCCCCUCCCUCCCCCAUUCUCUAUGCUCAUCUGAGCACUCUGCCAGCCCUGAUUCAUAGCGUUUAAAUAAUUGAUGUUCUCUUCAUAAAUCUCUGGAGGUUUUUUGCAUCAACUCGCCAGUUCUGACCCCCUUCUUCCUUUCUCUCUCUUCCAACAUUCCCCCUCUUCCACUCCUUUACUUCUCUCACUCACUCUUUCCUUGCCUGCCACUCCCAUCUCACUCUCUCUCCCCCUUCCUUUGCUCUUAUAUUUUUUCUGUUCUUCUGUUUUUCUCUCCAUCUUUCGGUCUUCACCAGAGAUGUUCAGUUUUCUGUCAUUUGUUCUCCAAUGUAUUGCAAUUCAGUCUCUCUGCACUCUGCUUUCCUCCCCCUCUCUUUCCUCCUCCUCCCCCUCUCUUUCCUCCUCCUCCCCCUCUCUC